AUGUUUGUCAGGCGAGCGGCGCCCAAAGGCGUCCGCAAGCGGCCUACCCCGACAGAAGCAGCGGCGAGCCAGACCGAGGCAGAGCCAGGAGCAGCAGCAGCAGAUGCAGCAGCAGCUGCAAAGGGACAGGAGGGAGAAAAUUCUGCAGCAGCAGCAACGGGAGCAGCAGCAGCAGCGUCUGAAGGCAGUGAUGAAGAGCAUGCAAAUAUCGCCAAGCGCAAGAAGGCGCGAAAUAUACUCUGUAAACAUUUCGUCGUUGGACGGACAAAAACAGAGGCGCCGCCAAAAGAGAAGCCGAUCGACGCGCUGGCUCAGCAGAGUAAUCCAGACCUGGACCGAUUGAGGCGUCAGGCCGAGGGAGAGGAGGAUAUUUCUUCUUCUGAGGGUUCAUCUGAUGAUAGUGAAGAAGAAGAAGAUGAGGAUGGAUUGCCGUUUGCAUGUUUAUCUUGUCGUAAGAAAUGGCAACUCGAUAUGAAUCCAAUCGUCACCCGAUGCGGUCACUACUUCUGUGAGAGCUGUGCUCUAAACAAUUUCAAAAAGAAUAGACAGUGCGUACAGUGCGGGGCCGAUACCCACGGUAUCCUCAACACCGCCUACAAACUCAUCAGUAAGAUAGAAGCCCUACAAAAACAAGGCGAACACAACACACAAGAUAAACAACGCAUUGACAGCAGCAGCAGCAGCGGAAGCAGUAGCAGCAGCAGUGCCAACAAUAACGACGCAAACAAUAACACUAAUGCAAGCAAUAACAGCAGCGAUCAGGAGAGCAGUGAAGACGAGGAGGAAGACGAGCCAGAGGAUGGGGGAGAGGCGGGAUGA